UUGCAGCGAUGGGAGGUCGUGUAUCAGCAGAGCAGGGCUUUAAUGUGUGCCACACCGCAUUCGACAGUCCAUGUGCGAACAGUGUGUGUCGGAUAUGAGCUCGGACUGUGAAGGUUACUACACCGAGGCAGAUGUGCUCGUGGAGGGCUUCACGUGUCCGAAAGCGGACAGUGAUGCCACGGCACUUUUCUGCUGCGGGUUCAGUGACUUGAAGUACUGUUGCGAUGACCCCAACAGCUUCUUCCCUUACGAAUAUGGAUACAUGUGGUGGUUGAGUCUUGGAGCUCUUGUAGGUCUCUCUGUUGCAGCUGUGGUUCUUCUGGCCUUCAUCGUCACUCUGUGUGUCCUCUGCUAUCUGUUCAUCACCACUAAACCCAGAGGUCUGGACAAUGGGCUGCCACUCAGAGCUCCAGGCACUACAUCGAGUCCACAAGGACCAGGGCCGAGUCAUACCGCCCCCCCUGCUGGUCCUCAAGGCUUCAGGAAACACUUUCUGAGGGGGAAGCUGGACUGUGACAACCAGCCUCCGGACCCUGACCGCCUUUUCCAGCGUAGUUUCAUGGCUACUGUGACCUAUAUCAAAGUUGAGGGUGCUAAAUAGACUACGUGACAUUUUAAUUGUGAAGACCAUUGGUGCAAGUCAAAGCUCAUCAGCCCAUUUCAAUACCUUUAAUUUCUGUAGCCUGCAUUUAAAACAAAUCUCGGCUACCCCCCAAGCACGCGAUCACGUGCGCAUGGCUGCUCAUCAGCAACAACAAUGAUGGAAAGUUUUGAGAACAAGCUAUUAGUCCUGGUUCCCAAUUACCCACAGCUGUAUGAGGCGCCCAUGUGCUUGGGCAUCAGUCCUUCCCUCAACAGUCCAGAUCUAAAUAUGUCCUAUGACUACUAUCAAACAUUGCCAAUAAAAGCCGAAAAAAAUGAAAAUAAAUGUUGGCAACAGAUCAGUACCUGCGCAAUUAAAGAAAAACAAGUCAGAGAAAAAGAUCUGUCAGUGCACAACAGGAAAUGAUGCCUGGAUUCUCUGGUGUGCCUUCACUGGAAUCCGUAAGCUAUAUUGUUCAUUGCAAGAAGCUGAACAAAUGCCAUUCCCAUCAGCCUUACAAACACAUGUCAAAUCAGAUAUGAGAACUUGAUGAGAGCCAUUGGUUGCACGGCAACAAGUGGCACCUUAUGAGUGUCACCUUAUGAGUGUCA